UCAGUUUGACUCUAGCUUACUAAGCCUAAUGGUACGUUAUUCGUAGGAGGGACAAUGUGUUUCAAAUUAGACUGAUAGUUAAUUUAUUAUUUCGCACAAAACUAUGUUGCACAUAGAUGAAAAAUGUAAGAAACACACACCUAAAACUAUAUUUAAAACUAAGCGAAAAGAAAACAAUUUAGUGAAAAAUUCUUCAGGCUGUAGGUUUAUGCAGAAAGAAAAAAUAGACCCUAAACAACAGGAUCAAACUAAAAAGGUAUUGUCAAACUCAAAGACGUGUGCUGUUUUUCCGAAGAAAAAUAUUAAUACGGUAUCAGCAAAUUGGAAGCAAUUAGUAGAGACAUUACGGAUAACUGAAAAAAGAAAAAACAGGGAGAAAAAGGAAGAAAGCAAAACAAUACUAGAAAAAAUGAUUCUGCAGUAAAACCUUUGAGCAAUACUCCUCCAGUUGUGUGGUUUGAUGAUGUUGAUAAAGAUCUUUUAGACCUCCCCAUGGCAGUGGCAUCUGCAGUUGAGAAUGGGCACUCAGAACAUCUUGUGAAAGAAGGUUCUUUUUCUGGGUUGACAAAAGUGGUUGCCAUGGACUGUGAGAUGGUUGGUGUUGGAGACAGUGGCAAAGAUUCAGAGCUGGCAAGAGUGUCCAUUGUUAAUUUAACAGGGCAUUGUGUUUAUGACAAGUUUGUUAAGCCAAUAGAAGAAGUUACUGACUACCGCACACAUGUCAGUGGUAUACGACCUGCUGAUUUAGAAGCAGGUGAAGAAUUUAGUUUAGUACAGAAAGAAGUUUAUGAUAUUCUAAAAGGAAGAAUUUUAGUUGGUCAUGCUGUUCAUCAUGAUCUGAAGGUAUUAUUUUUAGAUCAUCCACGUAGUAAAAUCAGGGAUACUGCUUAUUACCAACCAUUCAAGAAAAUGUGCAAUGGAAAAACUCCAUCUCUGAAGAAAUUAGCAGAAUGUCUGCUUGGAGUAAAAGUCCAACAAGGGGAACACAGUUCAGUUCAAGAUGCUCAAGCGGCUAUGCGGCUGUACACUAUGUAUCGUUCUGACUGGGAAGCUGCAGUACACAAAUUAGCUCAACACAGAAGAAAUCAGUUGAAAAAGCCUAAAUGAUGUUGGUGAAUGUGUGAUUGUUGAAUUUCUGUACAAAUGACUGAAAAGUUUUAUACCUAUGUAAAAAAAAAAACAACUAUCAGUGUCCUUGUCAUUACAUUAAUCAAUUCAAUAAAGUGGUGUGGGAUUUCUGAUAGUAACAACUAUGAAAUGUAAAAGAAUUAUUCUUACUGGUAUUCAUUUAAUAAAUUUUAUGUUUAGACACUCAUACAUCCUCCAAAUUUUGACUUUUAGUGGAUAAAGAAUAAAUAAUUUGCUAAAUUAAGUUUUAUGACAUAUUAAAUCAGCAUCCAAAAUUCUGUGAAUCCUUUUAUCCAAAAGUUAUCAGGACCAGUGCAGUUUUUGAAACAAGAAUAGCAAACAGAUGCUGUAUUAACCAGUAAUUCUUCUAAGUGGUGUAUUGCACAUGAAGUUUGCAAAAAAAACAAUACUUUGUUAUAUUAGUCAUAUGUUAAUUGUGGCUAAUCUGUAAGCCACACUAUUUAGAGGUGUCACUUCCUUUCUAAAUUAAUUGAAAAAUAAUUACUAAUUUAGUUAAUUUAAAGUGUUAAUAUAGACUAGUUAAUAGAAAAUAUACAGCUGUAGUUAAUAAUUAUUUGUUUGGGGGCAAAGUAAAAAAAAAAAGAGGAAUAUGAAUCUAGUAAAAUGAUGUGUGUGAAAGUAAAAUUCAGUGAAACCGUUUAUUUACAUAUUCAUUAAGUAAUAGAAUUAUUAUUCAUAACUGUUCAAACAAAUUCAGCAUAAAUUUGAUUGCUUAUAUUUAGCCACUGACAACAUUGUUUCAUUGCAGUUGGAUAGUUAUGCCAUAUUUUCUAUUGAUGAAGUAAUGAAUAACUGUAAAAGUUUUAUUAAAUGUUAAGUCAAUAAAAUACUUUCAUUUUA